UUGUUAAAUGUUUCUGUCAUUUUUUUUGUUGUGUUUUAAUUUAGUCAGUCACUUCAAGCUCGCUAUCGAUUCAACAAGCUUUCGUCCCGCGAAAGCCACCGAAAAAAAAUGAACGCCUUCUACGAAGUCCACGGUGCCGUUUUGAAAAACGAAUUCGACCUUAUCAGCAGGUUGGAAGAUGAGCACGAGAGUUUGGAGCGAAAAGUUCGAAAUAAAAGCAGAUUUCAGGCUCACCCGAAAAGGAUCCGCUCGGAUUCUGAUACGACGGCGUCUGAUUCGCCCGGACCUUUGCCGGAGGCGUCGACUAGGUCUGUAGCUGAACCGACUCUGAGCAGGGGCCACCCUGUUUACCAGGAAAGAAAGCAAAAAGUCCAUAGCUUCAAAAAAAGUCUUCGCGAAAGAUUGUCUUCCGUGGAUCCCGAAUUCGGCGUUAACCGCCACCCUAACAGCGGAUUAGAAGAGGACGACUGCAAACUAGCUGCGGACAGAUUCCGUAGCUACGGGGAUAGUGCGUCGUCCUCGUCCGAUAGUUUGCCUUCGAGACGCAAAUUGUCCGGACGAGAAAUCGCCGACAAGGGCGCGGAUGUUUCAAAAAAUGUCCGUUCGCGGGGCAAACUGCCAUCUCCGGGUUUUUGCGCGCCAGCUCGCGGCAUCCCCGACGCCGUGUUCGAAAAGAAGUUCAAGGUCGUCUGCGAGAAGAGUUUACAAAUCGUCAUGGACAUCAGGACUUUACUUUCCAAGGGCGUGUGCCUUCCCGACGGCGACGAAGACGCGGCGAGGAGAAUUACCAGACUGAAAGAAUUUUCGAGCAGGUUCUCCAGAAAUUAUCUUUACCCGUUAGCGCGCCAGACGAAAGAAUUAAUGAGUCCGCAUUUCCAAUACAAUACGUCGCUAGUCACCCAAAAAAUACUAUCCGUAUACCAAACCGUCUUGCACGCAUUGCAAGCGUAUCUAAGCCACUGGCCGACGUCUAUCGGCAACUGUGCCGCCGACCAACUCAAGAUAUUGAUGAAUCAUAUGAUCGAGCUGAGUGUCAUCCACAGGAAACGCGUAAAAAUUGACGACGGCUAUUUAUUGGAAUUUAUCGACACGUAUAAAAUCAAUGCCGAAUUGACCGCGCAAAAAAUCGGGGAAUUUCUUUCCCAUCCGGUGCCGUCCUGUACAAUUUUAAAAUCGGAAAAUACGAGGGUCAGCUUGAGCGGCUCCGGUAAAAAAUCUGACUCGGGCCCAGGCAGAAAACGGACCGGGCAAAAUGGCGUCGACAAAAGGUUCUCGAUGUACGCCACGACCGCGUCGUUCAGGAAAGACGCGCCCUGGAAAAGGGCGGUCGAGACUUUGGCAAAGAAAAAGUUUAAUGUCACGUCGAGGUACAAAACGGCGAUCUACAAGCACCGCCCGCCCAUACAGAAGGAACCUAAAAUCGUAACCCUUCCGAAAUUAAAACUCGGGGUUAGGAAGAAAUCUGAUGUGAUAUCGCGUACCCCCACCACCGACCGUCACGUGGACGAAGAUCGAAUCGAAACCAUGGUGGAAGGGUGCGACGAAGUUGAAAACUUCGGCUCGGAUGCUGGGGGAGCUGCGAACAAGGAAGCACUUCUCAUUAAAUUAUUGCAAUGGUCGUUGAGACGUCAGAGCAAUGGCCGUGACUGCGGCGAUCCAGAUGCUUUAAAUAUAUUAAGAACAGAAGAGGGCGGUCAGAUAUUAAGGGAACUACUCGUCGCCUCUGCCGAUAACGAACAGACUGGGAAUAACCAACGCCUAACUUUGGAAAUUGUCGGCAACUCCAAGACUAUCGAAAACCAUCAAAGCGAAAACGGAAAAUCGAAAAGAAAAGAGCCGAAGAUCGCGGUGAGCGGAGAGAAGAACGCGCGAUUGAUUUGCAUAACAGACGACAACUCGGUGGCCGAAUUGAGCGAAAAGGACGAAGGUAGAUCUGAUGGAGCGGUAAUAGUUCGCACCAAUUCGGAAACACAAACCGAUAUCGAAACGAUCGCGAAAGCGACGCAAAAGGGAACGAAAAGUCACGCCGUCAAAAUAAGCAGGCUUAGGAAAAUGGGAAGACCACUGCAACCUCUGGAAAAGAGAUACGCCAUCAAUGUUAUUCAAUAUAAGCUGGAUUUUUACAAGCAUCGCAAGAACGACCUAAUGUACAGGAAAAGUACGAACUGCGACCCGAGCGUGUUGCUGGAAACAAUAUCCGGUGACGUGUUGAAUGACGUACUCGUCGAUUUAGCUAGGGACUUCAAGGUAAUUCUGAAUGAUUUCGUCGACAAAAUUUAUUCGGAAGAGCUCGACCAGUAAUUUUUUACAAAUUAAAUCUGGUUUUUUAUACGGACAUUUAUUUUUAUAUAGCUAUAAUAACGAACUCAAUAAAAGAAAUGCUUGUGUU